CCGAGGACUUUGGCCGAGAGUAACCCCGUUCGCCUGACCUUUCCCCUCCAUUCCGCACCUCUGGGGCCGGCCCGGAAGGCCAAAGGCGGUUGGGCGCUAGCUCUAGGCCCUCCUUCCCCUUCCCGCCCCGCUUCAGCUCACCCACCCCGGGUCUCUGCGCGCGGUUCCUCGUCAUGGCGGCUCUCAGCAAGUCCAUCCCUCAUAACUGCUACGAGAUCGGCCACACUUGGCACCCUUCCUGCGGGGUCUCUUUCCUGCAGAUCACCGGGGGCGCGUUGGAGGAGUCCUUAAAGGUCUAUGCCCCCCUGUAUUUGAUUGCAGCAAUUCUCCGAAAACGAAAAUUAGACUAUUAUUUAUACAAACUAGUCCCUGAGAUCCUACAGUCUGCUUCAUUUCUGACUGCUAAUGGGGCCUUAUAUAUGGCUUUCUUUUGCAUUUUAAGGUUGGUACUCAUAAUCAUCACUGGAAGGAAGAUACUUGGAAAAUUCUACUCAUGGAGUCCUGGCUUUGGUGCCGCUUUGCCAGCAUCUUAUGUGGCCAUUCUAAUUGAAAGGAAAAGCAGGAGAGGGCUGCUUACAAUUUACAUGGCCAACUUGGCCACAGAAACAUUAUUUAGAAUGUGUGUAGCAAGAGGAAUCAUCACCACAAUAAGAAAUGGAGAAGUCCUUUUGUUCUGCAUCACAGCUGCCAUGUACAUGUUCUUUUUCAGGUGUAAAGAUGGUUUGAAAGGAUUUGCAUUCUCUGCACUUAGGUUCAUUGUAGGGAAGGAAGAAAUUCCCACACAUUCUUAUUCACCAGAGGCAGCAUAUGCAAAAGUGGAACAAAAGACAGAGAAACAUGAGGAAAAACCAAGAAGAAUGAAUAUAAUUGCUCUGGUCAGGAAACUUGUGGAUUCAAUAUGUAAACAUGGACCAAGGCAUAGAUGUUGCAAACACUAUGAAGAUAAUUGCAUCUCUUACUGCAUUAAAGGCUUCAUCAGAAUGUUUAGCGUGGGAUACUUAAUCCAGUGCUGUCUCCGAAUCCCCUCUGCAUUUCGGCAUCUGUUUACACAGCCAUCCCGGCUGCUUUCUCUCUUUUACAAUAAAGAAAACUUCCAGCUUGGUGCUUUUUUGGGUUCUUUUGUUAGUAUAUACAAGGGUACUAGUUGCUUCCUGCGCUGGGUCAGAAACCUGGAUGAUGAACUGCAUGCAAUUAUAGCUGGAUUUUUGGCAGGUGUAUCAAUGAUGUUUUAUAAAAGCACAACAAUUUCCAUGUAUUUAGCUUCUAAACUGGUAGAGACAAUGUAUUUCAAAGGCAUUGAAGCAGGGAAGGUCCCCUAUUUUCCUCAUGCAGAUACGAUCAUCUAUUCCAUCUCCACAGCAAUUUGUUUCCAGGCAGCUGUCAUGGAAGUUCAGAAUUUGCGACCAUCUUACUGGAAGUUUCUUUUAAGGCUCACCAAGGGCAAAUUUGCUGUCAUGAACCGAAAAGUCCUUGAUGUUUUUGGUACUAGUGCAUCUAAACAUUUUCAGGAUUUCAUCCCCAGGUUGGAUCCAAGAUAUACAACUGUAACACCAGAGAUGCCCGUAGAACUUUCUUGAAGAGAAUUGUAAUUUAUUAAUGUGACUUAAUGGUUCAUUCUUUUAUCCUGAAAAGUUAAUUAGGUUGAACACAAGAAAGGGGGCCUGAGCUUGAACUUCAGUGUUAUUUCAAUGAGAGAUGCUCUUUUUUUGUUUUUCUUACCAAUCAGAAACACAGAAGCUUUUUAGGAAGGUGUUGCUUAAUAAUUAAGCUCCCCGGUAGCCAGAAUCUGAUUUGGGAUCACUGUAGUGAUUGACAUUACGAUAUAUUAUUGAUUAAAUUAUGACCACAGCAAUAUUAAAUAAUCUAUAUAGAAAUGUAGUGACAACUAAGAAUAUACUUAAAAUUACUUUAAAAGAUGUUUUUAGUUCAUUCCAAUGUAAUUCUUAGUUACAACUAAGAGUAUUUCUUCAUUUUAGGAUGUAAAGGAUCACGGGUACAUGAAUUUGAUCUGUAUUUUUUUUAACUUUUGAAUUGGUAACUAUAAUAGUAAAAUAUUAUGGACAUGAAGUAAUUCUUCACAGUGUUGCUUUAGUAUAGAGCAAUUUAAUGUGGAAAGUGGCCAUUUUGACUUCAGGGAUACAAAGACAGCUCUCAUAUUGUUUGGGUCAGUGCCGUGGUAUCCAUGUUCUUCCACUGAUAACUUCAUCCCUUUCCAAGAUCUAUCUUAUUAUAUGUACUAAUACCAGGUUAAGAGCAAGUAGAAAUUGAUGUCUGAUAAAGUUCAAAUGUAUGCUUUAAUCAUUAAAGAAGCAUCAACUUGAGUAUUUCAAAACAAAUGAAGUUACCUUUAAAACCUCCUGAAAGUUUAUUUUAUUUGUUUUCAUUUAUAAUAUGUCUGAGUUCUUUAUAGCUGAUUUGUAUGCCAUUGUUAAUUCAGAAGGGAUCAAUAUCCUACAGAACAAAAAUUUUUGGUAAAUCUGCAUAUUUAUUCCCUUUUAACAGCUUUACCUAUAAAAUGGCUGUUUCACAACUACAAACAACAAAAAAAUCAGUGGUGGUUAAAAAUUUCAUUUCAAUAAUUAGAUUCAGAUUCUCUAGUCUUUUUUCAAAAAGUCAUCAUCACCAUAUUUACUCUUGUAGAAUAAAAAAAUGACAAAACAUAGUCACUGCCAAUUAUGGAAGAUAGUUCAGGAAAGCUGUGAUUGAAAUAUGAUCACUCUGAGGAGUUUUUCAGGGAAAAGUUAUACUUUUCUAAAUUUAAUAAAAGGCUGAAGUGAUUGUGAUAUCUAUACUUAAUGUAGCAUAUAGGGAUUAUGGUAUAUUUUUUUAAUAUAAUUUUGUUGCUGAAAAGUUAUAAGCUGUUGUGAAUUAAUUAUGCACUAGAACUUGUGUUGCAACAAGAAAUAUAACCUAAACUUUAAUCCUCCAUCUUCAAUUUCAAGCCUGUAUACUUCUAUUUAUAUGUAAUUCUAUCCUUGGUUGUUAUGGCAAAUUGAAACCCAACAAAAAGACAGACUGUGGUACCAUGGUAACCACUUUAAUUUGGUUAAAAUUUCGUAUUGUGACUAACUUUUUAGAAUUGCCUUGUCUAUUAGCCAAUACUGCUAAAGAAUGGUUUGGGUUUCAUACUUCAAAAUUGAUUAAUAAAUUAAGUUUUAAGUUUUUAUUCACUGGAAUCAACCUGAUGAUUGGUACUGUGUUUACUUUUUAAAUAAAGUGUUAAGGCAGUGAAGAAAGUGCUGCUAUCCACACCUCGUAAUUUCUCUGUAAAAGUUAUGUUAAUAAUAUUUUUCCUGUUAGGUUAGAAGAAAAGCAUUUUAAUCUACAAGUUAUUAUUUUCACUGACAUUAAGACUAUGGUAUUGACAAACUCUACUGAUAUUUGAUGAGAUUUUUUAGUAAAAUUUUAACUGAUCAAAAUGUUCAUUUCUACAAUUUGCUUCUUUAAACAACUUAUUGUCAUCUUUUAUUUCAUUAAAAAUGUAAAAUGAAAUAACCAUGAUGAAGUAGAAUAUAAUAAUGGAUGCACUGUAACUUCAAUGACUAGUUACUAAUUUGCAAUGGUGAAUAGAGAAGUCUAAUUUGAUUUCAUCCAAACAGACCUCGAAGUGUAAUUGUUUGAGCAGACACAAGAAAUUUUGUUUGUGGUACUGAAGGCAAUCAAAAUAAAUUAUCUUUCUACCUCAAACUAACCCAAGUAUUGAUCACAACUUGGCAUCUUUAGUAAAAGCAAAUCAGUCUCCAUUCCAAAGCAUGGUUUUGGUGUAUUUAUAUGCUGAAGAAAUGCUGUCUAGGCAAGGUUCCACCCAAAUUGAAAGCAGUGACAUUGAUAUGUAGACUGAAGGACGGUGGAUUGGAGAAGUAAUGUUAACAGUGUUUCACCACUAUUUCCUGUAUUGAUGUAACUUAGGAGCUAGGACUAACCAAGUGAAGCUGAGGUCACAAGAUAACACACUGUUUUCAAAUCUGUUA